AUAGAAUCCUUCCAGCUAUAGUUUCCUGCUCCAUUGUUUGUGCGAUGAGCAACUCAGACAACGUUGUGCCAGACGCCAGCACAAAAGCUGCACCGCUGCCACCACCAGCUCCUUCGGUGGGUGUACCUGCACCAAUCGCUGAUCCCAAUUUCAUUGAUCCAGCCUGGCAGGUGCCCACCUCAGAUGAGACGGCCGUGCCCAAGGACGACGAUGGCGAGAGCUGGUUGGAACUCCUGCGGGAUGGCUAUUACCGACAGCUUCGGGAGGAGAAUGAGUACAAGCAGCCGCCUCCCUUUCCAAGGGUGAUGCACUUCGCAGCACCACCUGGGCCGGUGCCGGAGGGCAAAUUCCCACGGCAGGUGUUGGAGCAGCAGCGGGCAGUUCUUGCGAAGUUCAGACCGGAUCCACCACCAUCCAAGGGCAAAAUGAACUCUGGAAAAGGUGGCAAAGGAAUGAUGAUGGGCAUGGAUGGCAUGGGCUACGGCAUGGGCAUGGGAUGGAACAACUGGGGUUGGGACGGAGGUUGGGGCAUGAAGGGUGGAGGAUGGGGCAAAGGUAAAGGUGGCAUGGGGAAGAAAGGUUGGUCCGACGGCUGGGAAGGCAUGCCAUAUUGAGAUGGAGCUAAUGCGCCAGAUAUGCUGAAGAAA